AUGGUGCCCAAGAAGAAGCGCGGGCUCAGCGCGGGGCGCCGGCCGGGCGCGGCGGGAGACGGCGCCGAGCCGCCGCUGUCGGAGCGCGGGCAGUACCUGCAGCGCGAGUAUAGGCUGCUCUCGGAGCAGCUGGACGCCUGCGAGGCGCGCGUGGACCAGGUGCUGCAGGAGAACGCCUUCCUGGAGCGCGAGGCGGUGCGCUUGCGCGAGGAGAACCGGCUCUAUGCCAGCUACGUGAGCGCGCGCGCGCAGCGCUGCGCCCAAGCCAUCGUCCGACUGGACGAGCAGCACCGCGUGGACCUGACGCAGAUCCACUGGCAGCGGGCCGAGCUGGCCUCGCUGUACCGCGGGCGCGAGGACGGAGUGCGCGCGCAGCUGCUGGAGAUGGAGGCGCGCGCGGCGCGGAUGGCGCGGCAGGUGCAGGAGCUGCAGCCGUACAAGGAGCUGCAGCUGGAGCAAUUGGCCCGGGUCCGGGCGCUGGAGCGCGAGCUGCUGCACAUGCGCGUGGAGCACACGCAGCUGCUGCACCGCGUGAAAAGGCGCUUCCUGGAGGACAAGGCGGCCUUCGAGCGCGAGGCGCGUCAGCGUGUGCAGUCCCUGGCGCGACGCGCGGAGCGGGAGGCGGCGCGCGCGCUCAUCGUGCACACGCAGGCCGUCAAGGCUGACAACGGGCGCCUGCGGCAGGAGCUCCUGCGGCUCCUUCGCUGGGCUCAGCUGCUGCAUGACACGCGGCGCCAGCUGCUGGAGCAGCGUGAACAGCUGCGGCGCGAGCACGAGGACACGCGGGACCUGGCGCGUGUGCAUGGCUGGCUGCGCCGGGGCCCCGACGGCCCGCCGCUGUGGCAGCCGCCCGCCCCGCGUCUCGGGUCCUUCGCCCCCUCCACAGCCCCAUCGAGCGUGGCUCCCCGGGCCCCGUCGCGCGCGGGCUCCGGGUCAUUGCUCCCAUCGCAUGUGGGCUCCAGGAUCCCAUCGCAGGCCGCUCCGAAGGCGGGUUCACGGGUUCCAUCCCAGCACUUAUCGCCCGCGGGCUCCCGGGUCCCGUCCUUGACCCCGUCCCGCCGGGGCUCCCGGGUCCCGUCCUUGACCCUGCCCCACCGGGGCUCCCGGGCCCCAUCCUUGACCCCGUCGCGCCCAGGCUCCCAGGUCUCUUCGCGGUUCUCAUUACCCGGGGCCUCACAGAACACCACUCCCUCUGCUAAGUCUGUCCUGGGAUCAAGCUCUUCCCGUCCCCCAGUCGAAGGAGACCGUGGACAAUGA